AUGGCAUCAGAACCGCAACAUGACCAUCAUGGCGAUGAAGAUGAGGUCCAGAGUUGGGCUGGGGACUUUGAUCCGCUGGCAGACGUUGAGGAGCGCCGAGUCCUCUUUGCUACGCUGGACUCUUUCAGACAAUAUCGACGAACCGCACACUUGAACACCACCCAUCGUCGACGGCAAGCAUUCUACGCGCUCCCAUCGGCACACUGGCAGAUGCUCGCCGAGCCGCCCUUCUCCCUGCUGGAGAACUUCAACCGCGUCGACGACGCUAUUGACGUCAACGCCGACAUCGCCGACUCGAUCCUCGCCACGGGUCUCGCAUCGUUCGGUCUGCCCGCCAAUCCAGAUGCAAACGACCCGCGGCAGAACUGGCACGGCACAGCCAACACCUCGGACGUCAACAAGGCGCAUUCAACCAUCCGGCAAUUCUACCGCGACUGGAGCGCAGAAGGGGCCGCCGAGCGCGAGGUCUGCUACGCGCCUGUGCUCCGCGAUCUGCACGAGGAAUUCGGUGGGCAGCAGGAUCGUCCCAGCGAUGAGAUUAGAGUGCUCGUCCCCGGCGCCGGGCUGGGUCGGCUCGUCUUCGAGCUCUGCCGGGCGGGCUUCGCCGCGGAGGGCAACGAGAUCUCCUACCACCAACUACUAGCCAGCAGCUGGAUCCUGAACCACACCCGCGGUCCGCGGCAGCACGCUCUGUACCCGUUCGCGCUGCAUUUCUCUAACCUCCUGUCGCGCGCGCAGCAGCUGCAGCAGGUCCUGAUCCCGGACACGCACCCGGGGGCGGCGAUGAUGGAGGCGCAGACGGCGGCCGACGCGACCCCGUUCGGAACAAUGAGCAUGUCCGCGGCGGACUUUGUCGUGUUGUACAAUAACCCGUCGAACAGGGAGGCGUUCGACGCUGUGGCUACGGUCUUCUUCAUCGACACCGCACCCAACCUCAUCCGGUACGUCGAGACGAUCCGGCACUGUCUGAAACCCAACGGUCUCUGGAUCAACGUCGGACCCUUGCUGUGGCAUUUUGAGGACGGCAGCAAUCGCAGCCAUGGCAGUGGAGCCGGCGAGUCGCAGGAUCAGGGCAUCGGCGAGCCGGGGAAUAUGGAGCUCACGGAGGAAGAAGUGUUUCUCCUGGUCGAGCGGGUGGGCUUCAGCAUCGAGAAACGACAGUCUGUGGAAGAGCGGCCCAUGUGUGGCUAUAUCCAGGAUCCACAGAACAUGCUGCAGAACCUAUACCGGCCCUCACAUUGGGUUGCACGGAAGAAGGUAUAG